AUGCUAAGGUUCAAACAAAAGCAACGCUUCAUUGCAGAGCGCAUUGUACGUGCUCAUUGGUUUGAGUACGUAACGGGUCUGAUCAUCUUGGUCAACCUGGUCAUGGUUGGUGUUGAACUGGAGAUGGGCUUGUCUACUCCGGGUUUCUACGAGAAAGCUGUUUGGCCCCACAUCGCUGAGCGCAUCUUUUUGGCGAUCUACUUUGUGGAAGUGGUCCUGAGAUGGGUGGCAGGUGGUUGGAGCAACUUCAAGGACCCCUGGUUCUGGAUGGACCUUUUUCUGGUGGCCCUUGGAAUCUUUGCACUGGUCCUUGCACCUCUUUUUGGAGGUAGCAAUGACCUGGGCUUUGAGCGUCUCUUGGUCUUUCGUGGUCUGCGGCUUCUUCGCUUGGUCCGCGCCUUAAGGAUGGUGAAUCACUUCAAGAUCAUGUGGCGAUUGGUCUAUGGCCUGUUGACCUGCGGCGAGACCAUUUUGUCCACCAUGGCUUUGAUUUUGGUCUCGCUCUUCGUCUUUGCGUGCGUUGCCAUUGAGCUGAUCGCUCGUGACGAUGACCUCCGGCAGGGGGAUAACGUCAUUGUUGCACACAUCGUGGAGAACCACUUCAGCAGCCUAGGAAGGACCAUCAUGACGUUGAUGCAGUUUGUGACGUUAGACUCCAUCUCUGCGGUCUACUACCCGCUGAUCACUGCCAAGCCCUUCCUGGUUGUUUUCUUCCUUCCGAUCUUGGUGGUGGUGUCGAUUGGUCUGAUGAAUUUGGUCACCGCUGCCUUGGUUGAGAAUGCCAUGGCCAAUGCCGCGCAACAAGCUGAAGAGGAGAAAGCCACCUUGAAAGCGCAGCUGCAGCAUGCGCUCCCGUCCUUGCUGGAACUCUUCCAAAAGCUGGAUGAAGAUGGCAGCGGCAUGCUGACCGAAGAGGAGCUGGCGAAAGUGCACCAGGACAUCUUGCCGCCGCGGAUCCUCCAAUCCGCCUUUGCCGAGGACAUGAGCGAUCUCUUUCAUUAUUUGGAUGUGGAUGGGACUGGUACCCUGAGCCAAUCAGAGUUUAUUGAAGGUUUGUUGAACCUUUGUCUCCUCGAUUUGCCAUUGUCGACCGUGCAGUCCCUGAAACUUCUGCGCUUGAUUCGCAAAGAGGUGCUCUACAUUGCCGAAAUGACCGUCGAACUCAAAGGGAUUCUUGCGGAGCGACGGCCCGAUGACUACACUACGGUGAAGGUUUAG